CCUUCUCUUCCUCCUAAAGAAACAGCAGCAGCACUCAGUUUGGAGAGCCAUCUCUCUCUCCUCUAAGUCCAGUCUGUCUGCCUGCGACAGAAGAGAGAGGAGCAAAGGCAUCCUUGGUCCUCCUUUGGAGAUGGAUGGAUUGGUCUUUGGGCCUCAGGAGGAGGAUUUGCACCCAAAGCCUGGGUUAAACAGGACUGCCUAAGAAAGGGAGCACAUCCACAAUUUCUGUUUCGGUUUUCAGAAGGAAGAAAACAGUCUCCAACAGUGUUCAAGAAGUCUACAUCUCCACAAGCUGAACUGUCAUUUGAAUCUGAAAUUUGGGAGGGAUGCUUUUAGAGAGCGAAGCACAACAUCUCCAUCCCUCCCUCCGUCUCACGGCAGGUACCUUCCUGAGCCUUCCUCCCCAGGCGCUGCAUUUUCUCCGAUCUGAAAGAAAGAACACGUGUUCCGAUUCUUCUGAAAACUGGGCCAAUUGAAUGUGGGAAGUGAGAAAGCCCAAACUUUUCAUAUGUUUCUAAACCAGUCUCUUCUGACAAAGAUAGCAGAGCAUUUCCAGAAUAAACCAACUUUGCCUCCAUAAGGCGGUUGGCAGGAAACUCGCUUCCCACCUUGGAUGUAUUUUUGUUUCCAGAGGAGGACAGAAAUAUAUGUUUUUUUCUACCAGAUUGCAGGUAAAUAAAGGUAGAAAUGACAUCAAAUCCAGAGGAAUCGGUUGCGGCAAAGCUGAGCAAUGGACGUCUCCAAUGAGAAGUACUUUCCAAUGUAAGGAGAGGACUUUGGGAUCUUGUAGGAACCAUCCAAGACGUAUCAGAGAACUCCCAAGUCCACAGAGACCAUGGACAAGACCUGAAUAAGCAAUGACUGAGGCCUACUUCCGAAUCCGUGGAAAUCUGAGUGGCCGUGCCCACCCGCCCCCCACCCUGACCACGGAAGUGACCUCCGCAGAUAAAUACUCCAACCUGUACAUGUAUGUUGGGCUGUUCCUAACCCUCCUGGCUGUCCUGCUCAUCUUCCUCUUCACCAUGCUGCUGAGGCUGAAGCAUGUCAUCUCCCCCAUCGCCACGUCUCCUGAAAGCACUGAGAACAUCCCACAGUUCACAGACGUCGAAAUGGAUGGCCGGAUCCCGACCCCUUAGGGACCAGACACAAGUGGCCACCAAGGACAUGUCUAUGGGGGGAAACUUCAUUCAGAAGAACAUGGAAAUGAAGGAGAUCUCUGGAUCCGUGGGAGUUCCUGUAGGCCUUGGAGGGUGACGGACAGUCGGCUGUGUCUGCAUCCAUGGAUUUGACCAACCACUAUUUGAAACAUUGAAAAAUAAUCAAUUUUCCCCAUUUAUAUAACACUUUUGUAUAAUAAUGGGACUUGAGCACCAAUGGAUUAUCCAGGGCAGGUCUAGGAACCACACCCAAGCAGAUACCAAGGGCCUACAGUAUCUGGUUUGUCUUGAGAAUGCAAUAACAUAUCCCACAAUUUUAACCUGCUGUUAGGAACUCCAACUAAGAUGUGAUGUGUGUUUGGUUUCAACUCAACAUUUGACCCAUGGAUAUAUGAUCUUGACGUAUAUUGUCAGUAUAACGUGACAGUACUUUGAGAUCUUGGGCCAUUCUCCAAAACUGUUCAAGGCGUAUGUUUGCUUUAUUUCAAAAGUAUUGUAGAAGAUCCACAGAAGGAAAAUGGAGGGCUCCUGAAAGACUUUUUAGCAGUGAAUAAAAGCAGGUGGACCACUCAAGACAUUGCAGUUGAACAUUGGAGGCCAAGGAAGCUAAAUGAGCAUUAAACACUGGAUGAUGUGAUACAGACUGAAACAUCUUCCCAAAAACUCCUUCUCAAUACAGGAUAUGGAAACUGAAAGACAGACGGUGCAUUUUUAGAACUCAUGGGUGGAUCCCAAGAGAAUCCAUACUCAUCCAUAAAUGUAAGGUAGCACAUACCACAAGGGACAUAAAUUCUACGGACUUGUUUUCCAACUGAUUUUCAAAAAUCCAAGUUGCCAGAAAGACAGAAAUAGAAAUGCCAGUCUGAGACUCCCUUCCAAGCAUGAGUCUCCCAUAUCUGGCAUGGUUUCCUUGCUCACUUGGAUCUCAAGAGCCAGUCCCCAUUUGGACAGACUGGCCUUUCCAAAUGAAAUGGACCUGGGAUGCAGGAUGGACCUGCAUUCCUCUGAAUGUUCUUCUUCAGACUGACUAUAGUGGAUAUGGGACUUGUUGGUGGACAAUAUUCUAGGCAGGAUUUCGCCAGAUCCAUCUGAUUAGGAUCAGAGCCUGGAAAUGUUACUUUGUGGGGACUAUAUCUCCCAGAAUCUUGGGGGUUUGGAGACUUGAAGUACAAAAAAAGACAUUUCCCCCAAAAGGUUUAGGUAAAUAAUGUUUUCUACUGGAAAAAAGGGUAGAUCCAGGUGGGAAAGUUCUACACUUUUUUGUGGUGGGCCCCCAAAAUUGGUGUAUCUUUUUUCUGGGUUUGAUGGGGCCAACUAUAAAAGUUUGAAAAUGUAAUCUCAAUCCUAUUGAUAAAGGUGCCUUAGGCUCUUUGUAGGUUUCCGACAAGGAUUCAGGCACACAGAAAGUGAGCAUAGUGCAAACAGUAAUAUUAUACAAAUAAGGUUUCUGUUUUAAGUUCCACUUUUGCUUACCCUCCAGCAUUUUGCAGAGGAAAACUGAGACACACAUAGCCAAGCAAUAGGAGAGUGUGGUCAAAGGUUGUUAAAGGAUGCUUUAAAAUGGAAUAUUGUAGGGCGUGCAUAGACCGAAGAGGACAAUUCGUGUUGUCUCGUUGCCGUCAUAAACACUCUCUUGCGAUAUGCAAUAACACAACUUAAUGUGCUUGCGACUUGAACAAAUGAUUUAGUUCAUGCAUAUGCCACACUGUUAAGAGAGAAACAUCUAUGGCUCCAAUAUUCUUUUGUUUCCAAGAUGCCUUUCUUCAGACAACCUAAUAGAUCCCCAGUUUGUUGCUCUAGCUUUCAAAGUUCACUGUCUUCUUCAUCGGGCAAAGAUGGUUUGGAAAAGGAUCCUAGGUUUCAGAAAGGAUUCCCUGAAAACAGGGAAGACUUUAAAAACGAUCACAUCAACAGACAGAAGUUCUGAAUCGAAACAAUGGCUGCAUGGUGAUGCAGGUUGAGUCUCUCUUAUCUGAAAUGCUUGGGAUUUCGGAUCCAACCCCCCCCCCCCCCCCCCCCCCCAGAAUUUGGAAUACCUGCAUUGGCAUAUAAUGAGAGAGCUCUUGGAAAUGGAAUCCAAGUUUAAACAUGGACUUAGGCCUCAAACUCAGCCUGAAGGUAUGCACAAUUUUUUGUAUACUUUUGUGCAUGAAACAAAGGGUGCAUCUACACUAUAGAACAAAUGCAGUUUGAUACCAUUGCUCAAUGCUAUGGAAUCUUGGAAGCUGUUGCUUGGUGAGGCAUCAGGAAAAAAAGUUUAAAAUUGUGUAAAACUACAACUUUGAGUUUAGGUGGAUAAAGUGGGGCCAAAUUGCAUUAUUUCUACAGUAUAGAUGCACCCAAAGUUUGGACAAAGAGUUCACUCAGUCAUUUCAUAUUUAGACAUAUUUUGAACUGUUGCCUGCUAGAUAGGGGAUGCUCAGGCUAUAAUAUCAGUUAUGUCAAACUAUAUUUUUUGCUACGCAACAAGCCACUAUUGAUGCGCAUCAAUAGCGAUGGUGGUGAUCAACAUCACCAAUCACCAUGUUCAAGGGUAGUUGUUCUUGAAGAAAUAGUUUUCUUAGAAGGAAAAAAAAGUGGGGCAGAGUCACCGUUUCAAGGCCUGGAAGGUGCUCGAGAUGAAAACUAAUCUCAGCUCGGCCUUGCAAUUUAGCCUAGAAAUAAAACUCCGAAGGGAAAUCUUACGGUUCAAGAUUGAUCUUCCAAUUCCCUAUUCUCUCUGUACCUUGAAAGUGCAAAUUCCCCCAACCCAAGCCAUGCUAAAAUUAGCCGUGGUAUCUACUCCCUUGGCUACAGCAAUAACAAGCACGUAUUCAUCUAAUGCGUUAGAAAUAGUAGGGUGAUUCCUAACAUCUACACACAUGCACUAAAAGAAUCCAUAUUAGGUUUUCUUAGCAAGGCAUUCAUUCUUUUUGCUCAGCAAUUUGGGUGUGCUUUGGCUGGACCUACAUUGCCAAAUAAUGCAUUUUAGAACUGUAUUACAUGGUCAGUAUAGACCAGGCAUGGGCAAACUUUGGCCGUCCAAGUGUUUUGGACUCCAACUCCCACAAUUCCCAACAGCCUCAGACAAGAAUUCUUUCUCCCACCCACAGAUAUAUAAACCCCACUUGCCUAGUUUCCUGCAGACCUCACAAUCUCUGAGGAUGCCUGCCAUAGAUGUGGGCAAAACAUCAGGAGAGAAUGCUUCUGGAACAUGACCAUAUAGUCUGGAAAACUCACAGCAACCCAGUGAUUCUGGCCAAGAAAGCCUUCGACAACACAAUAACGCUGUUCCUUACAUGGAAAACACUGUAAUUAGAGGCUUAUAGUGUCAAACCACAUUAAUUCUACUGUGUAGAUGCAGCUUUGAAAACCAGGUGAAUGACUUCUUAUCCAACAUUUCCACCAAAGAUGAAGGUCCUUGGUCUUUCCUUGGGUGCAGCCCUAAUAUUUGCAACAGACGAUUCAGCCAAGACUCCCCAAUAAAGAGAAUAAAGGCAUAUAGAUUAA